AUGAAACCGAACAAAGUCGUUAUUAUAUUGGCCGGGCGUUAUGCGGGUCGAAAAGGAGUAAUAGUAAAGCCACAUGAUGAAGGUGGUAAUGAUCGUGGUUAUGGUCAUGCACUUGUUGCUGGUAUUGACCGAUACCCAAGAAAAAUAACAAAAAAAAUGGGCAAAAAAAAGCAAGCCAAACGAUCAAAAGUUAAACCCUUCAUUAAAUUAUUCAAUUACAAUCAUUUGAUGGCGACUCGUUACACCGUCGAUAUUAAUUUUGAAAAAAGUGUGAUAAAUAAAGAUAUAUUUCGGGAUCCGGCACUGAAACGAAAAGCACGUCGUGAUGCUAAAGAAAAAUUCGAAGAAAGCUAUGAGAAAAACCAAGACAUGAGUUUACAAUCCCGUUUAAACUUUGUGCACCUAAUUAAACAAUAUCGAUUAGAACGUCUUUUUAAAUUAAUCGAUCGUACACAACUGAAUAAUCGUUUUCGCUCAGUACUGAAUUUAUCAUCUACGACUGCAGCACAGGUACGCCUAAAUAUCUUAGUCGCCCUGUUCCAAAAUGAUCCUCGAAGUCUACCACCAGAACCGGGCACUAAAAAUCGCUUUGAAAAUGAACAACGAGCACAACAAAAUUCAUCAUCUGGCAAAGGUCCUGAGGCUCAGGAACCACAAGACUCGCCUCAAUGGGUGAAAACGUUAAUUACAGUUGUAACUAUAGCAUUUGUUUACACAUUAUUAAGUGGUAAAUCACAACGAAACACAAAUGCCUUUUCAGAAGGUUAUAUAUCCUGGAAUGAGUUCGUUCAAGACAUGCUAGCAAAAGGAGAGGUAGCAGAAGUAAUAUUGCAUAUUGAACAAGAAUUGGCGUACAUCAAGCUUCAUCCAGAACCUGUAGUCAAAGGACGAAAGUUAUUCGAUCGUGAUACGUUUGUUAUGAAAAUUAGUAAUGUUGAAAAAUUUGAAGAAAAAUUACGUAAAGCAGAAUCUGAUUUAAAUAUUGAUCCGUCCAAUCGUAUAUUAGUCAGUUAUACACGGUCGAGUCAAUGGGCACCAUUGUUUCUAUUAGCUUCGCUAGCCUUCAUAUUUUAUCUUUUUAUCAAAUCUCGACUUACAACAGUAAAAUUUCCCAAUCCAAUGGAUGCUUUGACGAAAGCAAAAUUCACAAUGGUCGAUCCGCAUAUCAAAAUUAAUAUUCCUACAACAACAUUUGCGGAUGUAGCAGGAAUGAAAGAAGCAAAACUUGAGGUCAUGGAAUUUGUCGAUUAUAUCAAGUCGCCUCAAAGGUUUAUGGAUCUUGGUGCUAAAGUACCAAAGGGGGCUUUAUUGUUGGGACCACCCGGUAUUGGAAAAACGUUAUUAGCAAAAGCUGUUGCCGCUGAAGCUGGUGUCCCAUUUUUAUCAAUGGCUGGCUCAGAAUUUGUUGAAGUUAUUGGUGGUUUAGGUGCAGCACGUGUGCGAGAUUUGUUUCGUGAGGCACACAAACGUAGUCCCUGUAUUAUUUAUGUGGAUGAAAUUGACGCAAUUGGAAAAAAGAGGCGUGGUGAGGGAAAGUUUGCCGCAUCCAGUAGUGAAGAAGAACAUACAUUGAAUCAAUUAUUAGUUGAAAUGGUAGAUUAG